AUGGAUAAACUGGCGAUCUGGCUGCCCAUUAAAGUACCAGGUGCAUCAAGUCUCGAUGUCCUGACACUCUGCGGAACGCCAAGAAGAGAUUCCGUAGUGGAUUCCUCCUUGUUGGAGGUGCUUGCAAAGAUUUCUAAACGGUUGGGUAUCCUGAUCGUGUGUAACUUUAACGCGCCUCGCCUCGACUGGAGCUCGGCCUGGGCACAUAGCUCAGGCCUGGCCUUCGACGGUUGCCUUCAGAGCAGGAAUAUAAAAUCCUUUCUUACACAGUACGCUACGUUUCCAACAGAUGUGCACGAUGGCCAACAGGCCAACUGUCUGGAGCUCGUUCUCCCGAAAUCGCACAACUGCAUCGGCGAUUUAUCAUAA